AUGAUUCCCUGGAUUCAAGCUAUUCGCAUCGUGCAGGCCAUCUUCGGUCUGAUCGUCCUCGCCUUGACCGCCUAUGUGGUCAGCACCUAUUCCUGGUGGGCGUACUCCAGCACGGUCGAUUUCCUUCUCUUCCUGGGCUGCUGGACAUCCUUUGUCGCCGUCCCGUACCUCGGUGCGGCCCCGAUCUUCUUCCCUCGCCUCGCACACCACUAUGUGAUUCCUGCCGUCGAGGUGGUCACCAUGAUCUUUUGGUUUGCCGGGUUUAUCGCCCUUGGCGCAGAGCUGCCUCCGCCUGCGUACUGCCACUGGGGCGCAUGUAGUGCAAUGCAAGCAACCACCGUCUUUGGCGCAUUUGAAUGGGUUCUCUUCGCGGUGACGACUUAUUUCGCGGUCCUCGACCUUAUGAACCAUCGCAGGAGCGGUGAGACUGCCCAGAAGACGCAGCAUAAUGCUCAUCUUGGUGUUUAG